AUGAGCUACAUUUAUAGAAGGGUGCAGACUCCAAAUUACACGCAGGACAGAAAGGACCGCGCCCUCACACCCACCCACACUGUGCGAAUAAAAACAAGGCUGUGCAAAGAAAAAGAAAACUCCAUUCUGUAUAAAGACAAGAGCUCUGCAGAGCCCGCAAAAAUAGCGAGCAGCGCAGCGUACGCCGUCAACAGCACAACCAUAUACACCGGCCGGCAAACUGUGGUAAAGUGCACUCUUCCCGACGUAAGAAUGGACUACACCCCAGGGGACUCUGUCCUGCUGUGGGCCUCAAACUCCGAAUGCCUGUGCAAAGCCUUGCUCAGCCUUCUGGAAAUAGACGACGCCCUGUUCAUUGCCUUUGAGAGGGUACACGCGCGAACCGGCGCAGUUGUCUUCUCCUUCUCUGGAAUGGCUGCGGACUACUUCAGGCACUUCAUGGACGCGAAAUCGCUCCCCUCCAAGCUGCUCCUGUACACGCUCUCGGAAUACGCAUCGGCCGAGAACGGAUGCAGGGAUAGACUCAGAUACCUGUCCACAAAAGAAGGAAGCGCCGACUACUUUGGGAUGGCAAAGGCCUGGAACAGCAUUGCAGAUGUUUUUGCGGAGUUUAGCGUGAAGGUGCCGCUUGAGGUUCUUCUGGGGGUGUGCACAGAGAUAAAGCCCCGAGCGUUUUCAAUGACACAGAAAAUAGGCAGCGCUUGCGAGUUCGUGUCCGGCAUACUCACAAACACCGCAGAGGACAGCACCCGGCUCGGGCACUUUUCAGAGUAUAUUGCAAGUGCAGCUUCAGAGACAGGCAGCCACACACCCGGCCUGGACCUCUCUGCAGGCUUAGUGUACAGGGUGCAGCAUAAGGAGAACAGGCUUCUCCGAAUGCGCAUGUCUCAGCCCGGAAGAAGCGCGCUUCUGGUCGGGAUAGGCACGGGCGUGAGCCCCUUCAUCUCUUUCAUUCGCAACUGCCCUGAAGGCGCAAGGCUUACUCUUUUCUACGGGUGCAGAAGCCCUGGCGAAAAUAUCCUGCUGCAAUGGGGGCUUAUUUCCGGAGAGGGCGAACGGUCUGAGUAUGCAGGGGCACGGAAGCACUGCAUGCCGUCCGCUGGGCCUGGCAUACGCGUGUAUGUGGUGUAUUCGCAGGCAGACAUGUGCAUCCGGAUGGACAGGUUCUUUGUAGCCAACAAGGGCGCCGCCGGCAAAGCCUGGGAAGAGGCAGAGAAGACGGACCUAUACAUAUGUGGGAACAAGCCAGCAUCCAUGAGCGUCUCGAAGUACUUUUCCGAGAACCACCCGGCCCUUUCGCAGUCUGUGGACGACUGGUCUUAG